AUGGGUCAGCCGCUGAGCUCCAAUGAGGUCAUGGCCUUCUCCUCUCUGCCGUUCCCUGAAUCUAAACAUUCUCCCUCCACCUCCGUCAUCCACAAUUCCCCCACCCCUCCCCCCCCCUCCCCUUCUUCCCCUUCUUCCCCCCCCCUUACCCCCUCCCCACGGCAGUACUUUCCGCCGUUUGGGGGCAUGGGUCAGCCCCUCGGCUCGUUUGAGCAGAGCUUUCACGUGUACCCCGUCUCGUUCAUAGAUAAGUCUCACCUCGAGAACGGCGAUAAAGUCAUCAUGCCCCCCUCUGCUCUUGACAGGCUCGCAUCACUCCACAUAGACUACCCCAUGCUCUUUGAGGUGCACAACGCAGCGGCCAACCGCACGUCACACUGCGGCGUGUUGGAGUUUAUCGCAGAAGAGGGAUAUGUGUACAUGCCGUAUUGGAUGAUGCAGAAUCUGCUGCUGCAAGAAGGGGACAUUGUGCGAUUCAGAAACGCCACCCUCCCUAAAGGAACCUACGUGAAGCUGCAGCCACACACCAAGGACUUUCUAGACAUCUCCAACCCCAAGGCUGUGCUCGAGAUGACUCUGCGAAGCUUCUCCUGCUUGACGAAGGGGGAGAGCAUCAUGGUGGCAUACAACAAUAAGCGCUACUUCAUUGAUGUUGUGGAUGCGCGCCCAGCUGCAGCCAUCUCCAUUAUCGAGACGGAUUGUGAAGUCGAUUUUGCGCCGCCACUCGAUUAUGUGGAGCCGGAACGAGUGCCUACACCCGUUAAAGCACCUGCUGCUGGUGCUGCUGCUGCUGCUGCCGGCGGCUCUGAAGCUGGAGGGAAGAAGGGCGCUGGGAAGGACGGAAAAGCAGAAGCAGCCCCCCCACCUGAGGAGCCCGCCUUCACGCCAUUCGUCGGCACCGGCAGGCGAUUGGACGGCCGCCCAGCAGCCUCCCCCUCCUCGCCUGCCACAUCAGCAGCCGCCACGUCAGCAGCAUCAAGGGAGGGCGUAUCUGGGGCAGGCGGGGCCGGUGGGGCUCGUAGCAGUGGUGGUGGCGCUGGGAGUAGUAGUUCGGGUGGUGCUGCUGGUGGUGCUGGUGUGGCGAGUGGGGGGAGGAAGGAGGGUCGGCUGGUGUUUGGAUCGGGAGACGGAGCACCACGAGCGGGUCCCAAGGCCCCAAAGAAAAAGGAGGAGCCUCAGAAGGAAGAGCCACAAAAGCCAUCCUUCCAAGCCUUUUCUGGAAAGGUGGGUGGUUCGAGCGGCAUAGGGCUGUGCAUAGGAGAGAUGGCGGUGCAGCAGGGGGCGAGGGUGGCGAUCGCUGCUCGUAACAAGGACCGGCUGGCCUCAGCACACAAGCAGCUAGAGGCUUUGCUUCUACCCGACACCCCCUCAUCUGAUUUCCUCCUGUCCGUGGCGGCCGAUGCGGCGAAUCCGGACGAUGCAAGGAGAGCCAUUGAUCAAGUGGUGGCCGCGUUUGGACGGCUGGAUGUGGUGAUCUGCUGCCAGGGGCAGAGCACCCCACAUCAAUUCGAGUUUGAUACCGUGGAAAAUCAGCAGCAGCUCAUGAAUGUCAACUACUGGGCGUCAGUGUAUGUCAUCCGAGCAGCGCUGCCAGCCGUGAAACGGGCCGGCAAGGACGGGCGGAUAAUGCUGGUGUCGUCUCAGGCAGGGCAGGUGGGUAUCUAUGGCUACACAGCCUACUCGGCCGCGAAAUUCGCUUUAAGAGGGCUGGCAGAGGCACUACAAAUGGAGCUGGAGCACGUGGGGACGAGGGUGGUGAUGCUGUUCCCUCCUGACACCGACACGCCCCAGCUGCAGCAAGAGAACGUAACCAAACCGGCAGUCACCAAAGCCAUCACAGAAGGCAACAAGCCCUUUCCUCCCAUGGCGGUCGCGAGAGCUGCGAUCUCAGCCGUCGAACGCGGAGAUUUCCUCGCUCCUGUCGGAUUCGACGGCUGGAUGCUCAGCAUCGCCACUGCAGGCAUGUCGCCCUGUGUGUCACUCAACAAGCUCUUACUGGAGCUGCUUCUAGCGGGGCCAAUGCGGCUGGUGGCAGCAGCAACAGUGGCGGGCUUUAAUGCGAGCGCAUUCGUGUCCUUUGCAGGAUUCGCGUUAGCGGACCAUCUGUUACAGUCACACGGCCUCACAGUCUCCCUGGGAUCCUUUGGUGCCGUCUGCUGCCUCCUCUUCGCCCUGCCGCAAGCAGCCGUCUCCCAGCGCAAGACCAUCUUGAUAGCCCACGUGGGAACAGCCCUCAUAGGAGUGGCGCUCUUCUGCCUGCUGGGGCCGUCAUGGCUCGCUAAGGCCACAGCAGUUGCUGCUUCUAUCGCGUUCAUGCAAUGCACCAACUCCGUCCACCCCCCUGCUGCCGGCCUCCCACUUAUUUUCCUCGACGCCCCCAAGUUUCAUCGCCUCAAAUGGUGGUACCCGCUCUUCCCAGGCCUUGUGGGCUGCCUCUGGCUUUUCCUUGUGCAAGAAGGGAUCCUAUUUUUGAAAGAGAAGGUGAAGUUCUGA